GACAAUACAUUCGUUCCCAAGAAGGCGAAAAACUCGGUAACAAAUUGUCCAUGAGAUGCUGUUGCAUGCCAAAGUGUUACCCAAAUCUUACCUAAAUCAUGAACGAUUAUAUAGGAAGGAUGGGUCCCAUUGGCUGCUUGAGGAUGUAGGGCUAUAGGAUGAGAAAUCCAUUCACCGGCUAUGGCCCUAUCUUACAUAAAUGAGCGUCGCCGCCCCCACUCGCAGCAGGUAUAUUCGAAGCUGAAAUGAACCAAGGAAUUGACUUUGUUGAGGUCCAGUUAAUAUAUAACAUGACCCUGAUGAAAGACAGCGGAAGUAUAUCAGGCUGUCUUCAUCUCGUCCUCUCAGAUUUGCUUUCUCUCUCGGAGUCUUCAUAGUAAAUUACCCAGCCAAAGUCGAACGAGAAAAUCUUCAAUACUUCCUCACGACCAACUGAUUGGCGUCAAAAGGACACUAGUGGACGGGACGGGACGCCACACGACGAGAACUCCGAGCCUGGCCAGAAAGAUGGGGUGGAUACAUAACUCCCCAGAUGAUACACCUACCGAGGGACCAAGGGUAACGGCCGUCGCGAGUGUAUUGACAGGGAUAGCGUUUUUAUUUAUAUUGAUCCGAGUUUAUGUUCGGGGUCACCUUCUAAGAGCUUUUUGGAUAGAUGACUGGAUCAUACUUGUGACUUGGGCUCUUUCACUGAGCUUUACCGUGGACAUCUCGAUAGAGACUACAUGGGGGCUUGGGAUGAUACAUAUUGAAGACAUGCCGAAUGAGAACAUGGGUAGAUUCGGUGCUUUGGAACAUGCCGGUGCCCCCUUGUACAUUUUAAGCCACCUUGGGUUUAAAUUAAGCCUAUUGGUUUCAUACUUCCGAUUUGUUCCUCAGGGAAUGUGCAAGUAUGGGGUCACCUGUGUGCUGAUUACAUGCACGGUCUUUCACCUAUCUUGCCUAAUAGUCCAACUCAACAGCUGUCGACCAAUCGCAAAGCAGUGGGAUGAUAGUAUAGACGGAAAAUGUAUCAACUUGAUGCUGUACUACGUGACUUCGUCGGCACUAACGGUUGUCUUUGAUUUCGCUGUAAUGUUUCUUCCAUUUCCAGUUCUCGUGAAAUCCAAACUUCCGACCAAAAAGAAGAUCGUGUUACUCGGUCUCUUCGCUCUCGGCUUUUUCAUCACGGCCAUUCAAAUCAUUCGCAUCCAGUUCAUAAAUGGCACCUCAAACCCCCUAAACUCCGGAUCUGUGCAGUUGUGGUCGGCGGUCGAAUUAAAUCUAGGUAUAAUAGUGGUUUGUGUGCCCGUUCUCUCCCCUUUAUUCAGAAGCAACCGCCGGUCUACCAAAAGCACGCCCCAGUCUUCGUGGGCAAAUAGCAACGCCCCGAGUUGGGUCGUCGGACAUCGCAUUACUUCCGAAGACCAUUUAUACGAUACGGAAACCAGUCAUACCGAUUGUACAGCAAAUACGGGCAGCCAUGAGUCUACUAUGCCGAUAGGAGGCAAUCGCAUCGUCAAAGAAACGAAUAUUAGCGUUAUUAAUCAAGUCGUCCCAGCUCAUAUGACACACCAUCAUAUGAACCUGGGGAGCGAGUACUGGGGAAGUAGUGCAAACAUGAUGAGUAGCAAUAGUCUGUCAAGUCAUAGCUUUAAUCAAGUUUAGAAUGAUAUAACUAAAUAUCAAUUCCUUUAAUUAACAACGGAAUCAACAUGAUAUAAGCGAC